AUGACAUUGAUUGAGCUAUUUAUAUUGAUUGUGCCUUUAUUUCUGAUUCAACGAGUUAUCUACCGGCUUUGGUUCCACCCUCUUGCUAGAUUUCCAGGACCCAAACUGGCAGCCUCAACUAGCCUCUAUGCUGCUUAUUUCAACCUCGUUCGGGGUGGGCAAUACACCAUGAAGCUUCCAGAGCUCCAUCGAAAAUAUGGACCAAUUGUUCGGACAUACCCAAACGAGUUGCAUAUUCAUGACAAGGAGGCCUAUGAUCAAGUCUUUUCCAUUGGUACUUCUUUCGACAAGUAUCGGCCAUUUUAUGACCACCCCUUUGGCGAAGGCUCGCAUUUCAAUAUGCCGGAUUUGAAAACAUCUAAAUCGCGCAGGGACAUGUUUGCCCCAUAUUUGUCAAAAGCGACUGUCCGUAAAAUGGAACCGCUUAUCAGAGAGACGCUCUUACAUUUUAUAGAAAUACUGCUUCAAGCAGGAAAAGAAGGUCAGGUCAUCAAUCUUACAAAAGGCUAUCAUUCAUUCACAACAGAUGCUUUUCUGAAUUAUGGGUGGCGGAGGCCUUUUCACGCCAUGGAAUACACUAACUUCCAGUUCCCUUCUAUUGCAUACAUGAAUGAUUUUUUGAUUGGCGCUGUUCUGAUUCGAACUUUCCACCCUCUUAUCAGAAACAUUUUCAGUAAAUGUCGACAACUAGUCCUUGAUGUCAUGCGAGACCCAGAUUCUGAGAAUACGCUUUUCUCAAAUCUUCUUGCCCGCCACUCAAAAGACAGUGGCAUGACUGACUGCAGCCCACUAUCUGUUAAUGAUCUCACAGCUGAAACUAUCGUGUUUCUGGUUGGGGGCGAGGAAUCGACGGCCAACACAUUGAUUCACGGAACUUUUCAUAUUCUCAAUAACGACGCCAUCAAGAGCCAUCUCCUACAAGAACUUUAUGAAAAUAUACCAGACAUCAAUGCAUUGCCAGAUUCACUGGCACUCGAGAAAUUGCCAUAUCUGACAGCAGUCAUUAAAGAGUCCCUCCGCUUUACCCACGGACCACCAGGCCGUCUUCCCCGUGUUGUUCCAGCAGCUGGUGCAAGACUAUGUGGCCGUGAUAUUCCUCCAAAUACCAUUGUAUCCAUGAGCCAUUACGUCUAUCAUAAUGAUGAAAAGAUAUUCCCAAACCCCGAGGCCUUUAUGCCGGAACGUUGGAUGGGAGACGAUUCUCAUUACCUCGAUAAACAUCUAAUUUCAUUCUCCAAAGGCUCAAGAGGAUGCAUUGGAAUCAAUCUCGCCUACGCCGAAUUAUACCUGGCUUUUGCCUACAUAUUCCGGGUCUUGGAUCUAGAUCUGCAUGAAACUCAGGCGGAGGACCUGGAGUGGAGAGAUUUCUACGCACCUAUAACAAAAGGCCAGCUCAAAGUAACAGCCUGUGGCAGAAACUCGGUUCACUAA